UGACAAAAUGGAACCCACCAGCAGUGUGAGGAGACCUGAAAGUGGCACAUGGCAGAGUGUGGCGAUGGAGACAGCAGCAAUGGGAGGCCGUACAGGGACCCAUGACACACUCUGGACCUGGCAGCAGCAUGAGGAGGUGGUACAGGGGCCCAUGACAGAUUACGGGCCUGGCAGCAGCAUGAGGAGUCGCUGCUUCUGCUCAGCCACUCUGCCAUUGGAACUCACCGUCGACAGUGUAAGGAGACCUGAAAGUGGCACAUGGCAGAGUCUGGCGAUGAAGUCAGCAGCAAUGGGAGGCCGUACAGGGACCCAUGACACACUCUGGACCUGGCAGCAGCAA